AUGUCUUUCCUCACUCGAACCAUCAAUGUCAGCAGAACCGCCGCAGUCGUGACCCCCGUGUCACGGAUCGCUGCAGUUCGGACAUCACGCACAUUUACCACUUCGUUGGCGGCACAAAGGACCGCCACCGAGGCUGUCAAGGAUGAGUUGAAGCACAUCGACAGGGCUGUGAGCGAUAAGCUCGUUGACGGCAUCAACAUUGCCACCAAGGCAUCGCACAAGGUCAUGGAAACAGCCGAAGAUCUUUCCAGCAGCGGCGUCUCUAGCCAAGUAGAAGGCAUGGAGGCCCACGCCAAGGGCAAAGCAGAAGGCAUGAAGUCAGCUGCCAAAGGCAAGGCAGAGGAGAUGAAGGGAAAGGCAAAGGGUACUGCCGCCAAAGCAAAAGGCAAGGCAGAUGAAACCCUUGACGAAGUGCAGAGCUUGUAUGACUGA